AUGUCCAGCAUCCUCUCCUUCCUCUGCGCCCAAACCAUCGGCCGCGUCCUCCCCAUCAACGUGGACCGCCUCCCGAUCAUGGGCCGACGACUCCCAGCACUCGACGGCGUAGAGGAGCAGGACGACUCCGCCGUCUCGUGCCCCGUGAACCCCCCUCUCCCGACAACGGAACGGACCGUCUUCAGCCCCGAAGGAUGCCGUGUCUAUGGGUACCCCUCGACCGGUGGCGUCCUCAUUAAAAACGCUGACCUGGUUGAUCUGCUUUUCCUCUCGCUCCCGCGCUUUCAGGCCGUGCAGCGCGCAUCCAGUGUCGAUGAGGAGGACAGGUUCUGUAAGCUCUUGCGCCGGACUGGGGCGACGUGUUGGCCGAGUAGGGAGGAUGAGCUUGAGGCGGUUCUAGGGCUGAGAGAGAUGACGGAGGAAGAAAAGAAAGUGCUGGUGUUUGGGUGGCCGGCGGAUGGUGUAGGCGUGUGGGUGUUGAGGUUUGCGAAUGCCAAUGAAAUGCCAAGGGAUUUUAUGAGAAUUAGUUUCGCGAUGAAUAUGGAGGAGAGGAUCGUGGUUAUGAGAGAGUAUGGCGCUACUUUUGUGGAGGAUGUCUCGCGGGUCGAGGAGCUUCGUGAUACGCUUUGA